AUGCAGGGACCUUUGUGGUCGUUGCCGACCAUGCUGGUCAUAUUACUUUUCAGCACCCUCACAAUUGCUUUCCGACCUCUUCAAUUCGUCAAGCACACCGGCCAAUCCGGUCGCGCGGACCAGGCAUUCAGUAUGGUGAACUACUUCAACGAAACCACGCAACAAUCCGACCUCUAUGUUCGCAUGUGGAUGUUCCGGUACGGAUCCUCCAACAAGGGCUGGGCAUCUCUAGGAUUGGCUCCGCGGAUGAAAGGCGCUCUGAUGUUCAUCAUCUACGGCGACCCGAACUCCGAGGAUAAAGGCAUGACUUUGACCGUGAGAACUGUGGACGGCCAUCACCCUCCCCGGCCUACAGACGAGAUGAAGGAUUUCUACAGCGGCGUGGUCCCCGAGGUUGAAAUUGUGACGGCCCAUUUCGAGGAUUACACCGGUGAAUGGUACUCGGAACAAAUGCAAGCGAAACCCUCGCAUUUGGGCAUCGCGGAUUUCAUCGUCCGUGGGUACGACCGAUGGACCGCCGCCGAACUUGGAGUUCACAAUGACACGACGAAACAAGCUAUGAUCUGGAGUUCCAACUUUAAACAAGACUUUGAAGGCGACUUUUCCGUCGACAGGGCCAUCGACAUGCACCAGUUUGGUCUUGGAUUUGGCUUCUUGUGGGUGGACCUCUUGAAUGCGAGGAGCGACGUUGCAUUCUUUGGCGACAUCAACGAAUUGAAUGACCAUUCUGGAAUCAGCGAGACUGCAGAGCCCAAUCCGCCGACCGAGGAGGAGUUGCAGAAAGGUGAUGAGAUCAUCGCCGCCCAGAAUGGUGGUGGCAGCACAGACGGAGGUGACAAUGCAAGUGGUGAAGGCGAUUCGAAAGAAGUUGUACCAGAAGAGCCUGCCACAGAUGCGAAGCCCGAAAGCGAUACUUCCGCACCUAGCACAGACGAUGGUAGUAAGGUUGAACAGCCCGUCAAGUCGGCCAAGCAGUGGAACAUCCGGUCAUUAAUGUGGCACCUCCACGGCUUCCUCUUGACCAUGCCUUUCCUCGUCGGCUAUCCCUUGGCAGUCUAUCUACUCCGCUCUCCUCGCACGAGCGCUGCAGGGACGGCGUUCAACUACCACUGGACCGUCAACGCUCUGUCCUCUAUCUCGGUGUCGAUCGGUGCGCUGAUCGGCUUCGUGAAUUCGCGCUCCAUCUCCAUUCCUCACCAGUAUGCUGGCAUUCUCAUUGUCUGCGCUUUGGCUGUCCAGCUCGUUUUGGGCUGGAGACACCACGUCGUCUUCAUCGCAACUGGCGGUCGCAAGACCUGGAUGAGCACUGUCCACGUCAUUUUGGGCCGAAUACUCUUCCCUGUCGGAAUCAUCAACGUCGUCACAGGCCUAAUGCUGCGACAUUACGGCUGGCCGGUUAUCUCACUUUGUAUCGCCUUGGCGGUGGUCGAGGUUGUCGUCUUGACCCUCGUGGUAGGCCAGGCGAGGAAGAGGAGGCCCGGGGCUAUGCAAAAGGGUCCUUCGGCUCCGACGGCCGACGAAGCAGAAGAGUAUUUCCAACUAACCGGCGACGACGAUGACGAUGAGUUCAGCGACGACGAGCGUGAUGAGGAGACCGGGAGGCUGAAUGCCGAGGAGAGGGCCAAGAAGGAAGCAGAGCGCGAGGAGCAAAGGAAGAAACUGGCCAAAUUGGAUCGUGUGUAA